UCGGGUGGGAAAAACCCCAGUCACUCCCCACAUCGCUUCUUAACGGACGGAUUGGGGAAAUAUUCAUCUAUACCUACAGACCAUGAAGCUCCUGGUGUUCCUGUGUGUGGUGGCCCUGGCGGCUGCGAGGCGGUUCCACAUCCCGAUCUCGGAGCGCGGCGCGCGGUUCCAGGAGACCGUAGAGGUGGGGGGAGGGUACCGACUGGCGGAGGUGCCCGCACACAACAACCGGGACCACAUCCGAGUACUCACCAGCCGCAGGAUGGGCGAAACCAUGUACUGCAUGCCGGAGAGGGGUGUUUGCUUCCUGAUGGCUACAGAGCAGCGCGGAGGGGAGGGCCCUGAUGCCGCACUGGAAACGGAACUGACGCAACUAGAGCGCACAGGCCUUGUAGCGGAGUCAGACACCCUGACGGUGCAGAACGACUGGGUGGUCCUGGAGCAGAACCUGGACCGGAGCGCUCUGUCCGACCCGCGCAUGCGCCGAUUUCACCAGGACCUGCCGCUGCAUCGCGUGGACAAACUGACAGGGGGCGCUGAUUUCCUAACGGAGACCUCUGGCGCAGACACUGCUCCUGCCUCCAAGCGGCAGCUGAUCGCGGGAUCAUGUCGUAACGACGCGGCUCCGCAGCGGAAGUACGCGGCCACCAGCCCCACCGGCUGCGGGUACGGGUACGAGUACCUGGUCUACUGCGCAGGGCAGAACAGCCAGUACAGCGAGUGUCCACGCUAUCACGUCACUGACUACUUCUUCAUGACCUGUCUGUGCUGUCCAGAGCACACAGCGAAGGAACAGUGCCUGUACUGCACUCAGCUGUCCUGCAGUGGGUACUAUGACAACACCGGCGUCUGCUGAGCACAUCUGAACUGACCAUGGCUACUGGCCAGUACA